UUGGAUUCGAGUACUUAUGGGACGUCAAAACAAUGGCCGCGUGAACCAAGACUGGAAGCAGUUGUAUUAGGAUUAAAUGUUAUCAUGGAGUGAGGAGAGGUGACGGAGCCAUGUACUACCCUCUGGGGCUGCCGAGGCGCCUGCGUGUGCCCGGGGGAGCUGCCCAUGGCCAGGUGAAGGCCAUCGUGUGUAACAGAGACAGGGUCCUCUUCGCCGUCCUCACUGAAAAGUCUAUAUGGAUUUGGUUCAGCCGACCAUGUGUGCCUGUGGUUGUCCACCAGAGGUCAGAAGAAUCUAUCAGCACCAUUGGCACUAACCAGAUGCUGGAAUGGCGCCAUGACUCCUCCAUGAUUGUUGUUGGUACUAAUAAGAAUCGCCUGAUCUUCUACUCCAUUGUGGUGGAUGAGUCUCGGAGAGAGGUGUAUGAGCAAAGGGAUCCCCCCAAUCCCACCCUCAAGCGGGAGUCUGCUGAGCUGUACUCCUGUGAACCUAUUCCACCCUUCAUGUUCUCAACUGCUUUUGAAAGAGAAGUGAGUGGAGGAGUGACAGGACUAGUGUGCUUGAGGGAUGAGCUAAUGGUGGCAACAGGAUCAGGCCAUAUCCAGCGAUUAUGUUGGGAUGGCUCUAUUAACUACAGCUACUGUGUGGAUCUACGGCGUGUACCCUUCUGUGACGAUCAACUGGUAAUGAAGGCUCUGCCCCUUGAUGCCCCGGGUGUGCAUGUGGUGGACCUGGAAUACUCUCCACUGGUGGGUGGCUUUGCUGUGGUUCUCAGCGACGGCAGAGCAGCCUUCCUUACUGCCUCCACCCUCAAGUUUGAUCCUAAUGCGGUGCAAGGUAUCUGGGCACGGGAGCUAGAAGAUGCCACAUGUGCUGCCAUCAACCACAAGUACCGUCUACUGGCCUACGGAAGAGCCAACUCCCAAGGAGUGGUGUACCUUGUGGAUGAAGCAACAGGAGGUCUUGAAGUUUCUCAUAGGAUGAUCCUUUCAGACAGAGACUAUGGAGGCUCACCGGGACCAGUUGGUUUCAUGAAGUGGACACCUGAUGGUACUGUGCUAGGCAUGAGCUGGAUUGGAGGAGGACUAUCUCUUUGGAGUGUGUUUGGUUCCCUGUUGACUGUCUCCCUGCGUUGGGACUACUCACAAGAUCCUCUUUCUCAUGCCAUUACUAUCACAAAUAUGGAAUGGGGAGCAGAAGGCUAUGAGCUCUGGUGUGUACAGGAACAUGAGGGAGGGAAGGAAUCCUGCUGGGGUAAAUCAUCAUUCAUGGAUACUGAGGAUAAGAAAGAAGAGGAGGAAGUCAACACUGGAACAUCAGUCUUGCAGCUUUCCUUUAUCAAGAGUGCUCUCACUGUUAACCCGUGCAUGAGCCGACUGGUGAGGGUUCUCUUGCAGGGCAGUGACCGUCUCUAUCUCAAUACUACUGAGGGCCUCAUGGGAACAUCCUCAAGUACCCCUCAUGAUGCUCUCUCUCUUUACUUUGACGAUGAUGAAGAGGGUGCUUUUGAGGAUCGUGCCAAUACCCAGUUUAAUGUGGCUGCCAACAAGCAGUGGAUUGUUGUGCCUAUACCAUACAAGUACACGUCUUCCAACUGGCCAGUCAGGUAUACAUGUGUGGACGAGGCUGGACAGUUGGUGGGUGUAGCAGGGCGGAAUGGGGUCACCCACUAUUCCUUGCGGUUAAGACGGUGGCACCUGUUUGGCAAUGAGAGCCAGGAGCGAGACUUUGUGGUAACAGGAGGACUGCUGUGGUGGAGGUCAACAUGGCUGGUUCUCGGGGCCUACAACAUCCCUGCUAACACAGAUGAACUGAGGCUGUAUCCACGUGAUCACAAGUUGGACAACUCCUUCCUUACUACUGUUCCUCAACCUGCACAGGUCCUUUUGCUUAAUAUAUAUGGGGACCAGCUGAUUGUGUUGACUGCUGAUUGUCACAUUACUGUGUACAACUUGCAACUCCCUCAGACUGACUCAGGUGGCAGUCCUGGCAGUGUUGUGGUGUCCCGAGUGCAGGAGGUAGACAUCUCUGGUUUGACGGUGCAUCCAGCUUGUGUGGUGUCGGUGCUGCUGACUAGUCUGCGCACUGAGUCAUGGCAGGCCAAUAGUGGACAGCAUAGUCUACUACCUGCCCAAAGUGUGAUCAUCAACAUUUCAGGCAAGGUUCUUAUGAUCCAGAGGGACCAACAACAACCCCUUGGCUCACCCAACAAUGGCAAGCUGUUUCACAGUGCACAGAUGACACCCAUUGUGCUGGCAUCAGGUUGCGAGGCCCUGUGGUGUAGUAGCUGUGCUGUUAGUCAUAAGCCUCACCUUAGCCAUGCCUUGUGGCUUCAUUGUGGAGCGCAUGGCACUCGAGCAUGGUUGCCUUUGUUUCCUAAUUCUUCCGAUAAGUCACACACCUUCAUGGCCCGAAGGAUCAUGUUGCCCUUCACUCCGUCCAUAUAUCCCUUGGCUGUUAUGUUUGAGGAGGGCAUUCUCCUUGGAGCUGAGACUGAUACUUCCUUGCUGGCCUGUGAUGCUGCCUCCCACCAUCAACCCCUCAUGGUAGUGGAGCGAACUAGCCAAGUUUACCUUCAUCACCUCCUGCGACAACUGUUGCGCCGAAACCUAGGAUAUCAUGCAUGGGAGGUGGCUAACACUUGCCGAGAGCUGCCCUACUUCCCUCAUGCUCUUGAACUGCUGCUUCACCAGGUUCUGGAGGAAGAGGCCUCUAGCAAAGAUCCGCUCCCAGACUGCUUAUUGCCCCGAGUUGUUGAGUUCAUCAGAGAGUUUCCGGUGUACCUUCAGACAGUGGUGCAGUGUGCUCGAAAGACUGAAUUAGCGCUCUGGCAUUACCUUUUCUCAGCAGCUGGUAGUCCCAAACAACUCUUCAUAAGGGCACUAGAAGUGGCACAGCUGGACACAGCAGCAUCUUACCUCAUAAUUUUGCAGAACUUGGAGAGUGCUUCUGUGAGUCGCAGCCUUGCCACCCGUCUCCUGGAUGCCACCUUGGAGGCUGGGAAGUGGGAUCUUAGCAAAGACCUAAUUCGUUUCCUGCGCUCUAUAGAUCCAACAGAUCUGGACUCACCAAAGCCCUCGAUACUCUCUUGUGGUAGCACGAAAGUUGGAUUCACUCAUGCCACCCCACCAGUAUCUCCAGCUUGUGUUGAUGAGGAUCUCUCCAUGAUUCUUCCCAACACUCAGAUGUUGUUGAGAAGAAUCCCGUCUGUUCUGGUCAUCCUGCCACAGGUGUUGCGAGGACGUUCCUUCUCAUCAGCUUCAGCCCCAAAAGUGGCUGUGGGUGAAAACGGUCCAACCAACCACCAGUCUGUGGUGAGAACCACCUCUGAUUCAGCCAAAGUUCUUCCUGACAUUACAAGACCAAGCCAAGCUGCAGGUCCCACUCGAAAACGUUCCAGUAGUUCUCUGAGCAGGGAAGUAUCUACUGCUGAAGAGUUCUUCCUUGAUGUAAUCCUUCAGAGACAUGCAAAGAAACUUCUGCUUGGAGGUCGUCUAAGGGAUCUAGGGACAAUGGCUGCCCAUUUGGACUUUCCAUUGGUGUCGUGGCUCAGGAGAGAGCGUAACCGAGCAUCACGUGUCGACGAUUUUGUGGCUUCCCUUAAACAGGUCCACCGGGACUUUUCGUGGCCCUACCCAUCUGUUCCCUCAUCACAGAUUCGCCGCUAUUCAGUGUCAGUGGCAAGGGGCAUGGGCAUCCAAGGGGAGAAGGUUGCUCUGGUAGAAGAAAGGAUGCAUGGCCUCUCCAUCACAGUACCUAAGAUUGCUUCACUGGAUACUGGAGAGAUUGGAGACAGUGGAUAUUUGAGUCAAGCUACUGGAGACACUCACACUGUCACUCCCCAGCAUGGGCCACACUCACCACCAGCCCUACCCUCUCCCAUAGACAUAAUACCCCAUCAAGCACUCCUCCUUCCCCAUUCUCCUGCUGCAGGUGACACAAUAAGUGUGAUGAGUGAGGAGGGAACUGUGUAUGGUGAUGAUACCUCCAGUCUCUGUGGAGACUGGGGAACUGAUGGCAGUGAUCCUACUCGAGAUCUGCUCUCCCGUCCUCCUGACCCCCCACCCCAGCCUACUCCUCGUCCACCUCCUCAUGCUGAGGUACAGUUGAGGUACCUCUUGCAGGUGUUGCUUGAGGCUGGGUGUCUGGAAUGGAGUGUUGUGGUUGCAGUGGUACUACGUGAUGCCCUGGCUGUGUUGCGAGUAGUGACACUGGCCAGGGCACCUGAUGUGCCAGCUCAGGUUAUAAACAGACUUACAGCUGGACUUCAGGACCUUCUGCUCUUCACCACUACUGAAUGCUUGGGCUACCAGAACUUUUUAGGUGCCAUCAUGAGUCAAGUGAAGGUGCUGGAAAGGCUAGCCAGUACAAGGGAGGUGUCCAGGACACCCAGUCCCCCUUCUUCUCGUCCCCCUUCCACUAGUAAGGAGUCAGAGCCUUCACCCUCAAAUGCAGAAGCAUGUGUCAGAACCACUAUACAGACUGCACCUCCUAUAUCCAAUCAGCAACAGGCUGCUCCUCAGCAGUCAUUAAAGCAGCAACAGCAAAAUCAGCAACCUGCACAGUUGUCACAGCAACUCCCUCAGCAACAGUUGCAGCAGCCAACCAUACAAAGAAUGUCAAUAUUGCCCCGCCAAACUUCUGGCACCACUGAGACCUUAGCAGAGGAAACUUUGUCUCAAGCAUCAGAAGAAGAAUUGUUAGUUGAGGAGGAGGAUCCCAUGGCAGUUGAGGAAGGGGGCAGUGCAGCAUGUGUAGUGUCUUAGGCUGUACUGCAAGUUGCAGGUGCAACUAAACUCUAUCUAUGGUGUCCUGUGAGCAUCCUUAAGUGUGACUAUUGAAGAAAUGAUGAUUUAUUUUCCUCAUUGAAUAUCAUUUUGAUGAAGAUGGAUCUGUACAUUGAGUCAAGAAUUGGGAGUCUUGCUCACAACUAACAGUAAGUUGAUAUGUGUGUAUGAAGAGAAAAGCUUUCGUCUUGUUGAACACAGGAAAAUUUUAUACUAAUUAUGGAAUCAUGACAAUGCAUGGACUACAAACAGUUCAAUUUGUGAGAAAAAAUGGUGAUGGACUCCAUUUGUUUAUUUGUUGAAAGCCACUAGUUAAACACCUGUUUUAAAGUUGGCUCAGGAAUUUACAUGACUGUGUGGUUGCGUGUUACCUAAGGAUUAUAAGCAAACAGUUGUUUUUAAUAUAUAACAGGAUAAAAAGAUAUAAUUAAUUAUUUAUUGGCAUCAAAUAAUAAUAAUUCACUGAUAAUGUACAAGUUGAGUAUUGCAAUAGGCUUAUAGACUUACAAAUAGCAAAAUUGAACGAAAAUUAUAAGAUAUGUUUGGGAUUCUAAUUUGAUACUAAAAGUGAGGUUAGAAAUGAGUCACUGCAUAGAUUGUGUAGAUUGUGAUGAGUAGCAAAGAUGCCACACAUGGCAUGACUACUCAUAAUGCCAUGAUGAUUUGAAGUCAAUAAAUUAAGUACUUUGAGGCAAAAUUUACUGUUUCAACGUUUUUUAUGAAGAUCAUAUAAUAAUGUAGAUAUGAAAUAUUUUUGGCUGCUUAUUGCUUCAGCAUUCUUCAUUGAUGUGUGAUAUGCCCAGAAGGUUUUUAAAAACUAUGUAAACUUUAUAAGAGGAUUAUUUUCUUGAAGCCUACCCUGUCACUAUUAGUUUAUUGGUUUAAUGUGCUCUGCAUAUACCAACUCCCUCACCUUUUGAUUAUCUGCGACUACUGUUUGCCUCUCCGUCCACCUUUUAAUACUGGUUUGUCUUUUUAUGGUUUCAAUCAUUUCAGCAUUCAAAUAUUUUGUUCAACUACAUUUUAUUUUCAUUAUAAAUUUGCUUUCUUCAGUGAGAUGAGUGCUGGUAUUGUUUACUGAUGUACUACUUACAGUUGGUGAGGCUAACAGACAAUAAUCCUUAAAGUGUCUCCUCCAUUGCUCAUUGACCACUUUUUACACAUAAUGUAAGUUUAUUCAUGAGUGUAAGUAAGCAGAUUCUCUGAAAAUAUUUUACCUUGCUUCUGUCAAGGUGAAAAAUAAUGGUAAUUUGUUAGUUAUGUAUUUUAUGAUGUUGGUGAUUUUCCAUGUUCUUACUGUGAAUACAUAGGAGUUAUGAACAGGGAGGGAGCAUCAGUGGUGGUGGAGAAAGGUAAUGAUAUGGUGCAGCCCUUCAAACCUCCAAGAUGCUUUAUGUGAAGGAGCUAAUGUAUAUACUGAAUUAGUAUAUUACUUGUUUUAAUACUACAGUAAGAACUCUUUUAUUGAAAAGGCAAAAGUGGUGGAAUGUUUAAAAAAAGAAAUAAUUGAAGUGUUGCAUUCUUAUAUUGAAACAUACUGUCAUUCUUCCAUCCAUUAAUAAUUAAGACACGUUUUGAAGUUUUCUUGAUCUAAUAUUAGUAAGAGCAAAAUAUGAAUUUAUUGAUUGUUGUUAUAGCAUAAAUUUCCAAAUGGUAAGUUGUAAGAAAUUUUGAAAAAGUAAAGAAAUUGUGUGCUAGUAUAAAGAUUUUUUUUUUUUUUUUUAUCACAUUUGAAUAUUAAUUUUUAUGUAAAAAUGGAAAACAAUUUUGCACUAAUAAAAGAGUUUCUUCUGUACUCUCAAGUAUUACAGAGGGUCCAAAGUGACUAGACUAAGUUUCUAAGAGCUUUAAAAUUAGCUUUGUGGUAACACAUGGAACAUUGAAGCAGUUGAUGUAGAGUCUGUAUAUGAUUGUAGAUAUACAUAUUUAUAUGCUGUAUGUAUAUGUUCUAUGAUGGUAUGUGUAAGGGGCUGGAAUUCAAGAAUUCUAAACACUGGAAACAUUGCUCUUAUAUGUGUGUGUGUGUGUGUGUGUAUGUAUGUGUGUGCUUGCUUGGUAUGAGACCAGAAAUUAUCCAUAUUCCACCAUGUGGUAGUAAACAACUGAAUUUAACUGGUUUAUAAAUCACAUAUUUCCAAGAACAGCAUGUUGUAUCAUGAAGCUCAAAACCUAAAUAUGAAUGUAGCAGUCUUGCAUAUGCAGCAUACACUGGAAUCUCAGUUACCAAAUUCCUCUCUUUUUUAGCUAAUAUGUUCUUGGGCAAUUUUUUAAGCUCAUAAUUGCUUUGAUUGCCCUACUAUAAUUUAAUUCCUGAAUAAAGUUCCUUGAUUUCAAAUACUAAAAGACUAAGCAAAAACUACCAUGUAUUAUUAAUGUAUAGUCUCUAUAAAUAUUUCCUUAUUUUUUAUGUAUUGAAGCUGAGAGAGUAAAAUAUGUUAAAUAUGAUUUCAUUCAAAAGCCUCAAUGUAAACAAACAGUUUUUGGCACUCAGUAAGAAAAACUGUGGUAACUGUUACUCUCUUCAUGACCCAAAAUAUCAUCACUACUGGACAAUUACAUUUUCCCAGUAUCUUCUCUCAGUAGCAGGGUGUCUAAGUAUUAUAAUCAAUAGAUCAGUGACAAGGAGAGUACCAGUAUGGUCUAAACAAUAUAUUUAUUGAACAUGUCCUAUCUGGAUGAAUGAUUACUGAGCUGGAGAUGUGGAGUCGCAAUGAGAAUAUCUGUCACUAGAUGUUAAGACAGAGUGGGUGGGUGUCCAUGAACAAAUUUAUCUAUUUUACUUUGAUUUCUAAAGAGAAAAUGGUUUGUUUCUGAACAUUUCCAGUUUUGAAUGACAUUCAAAAUCAAAUUAAAUUGGAGAACCAAGGUUCAACUGUGUCUGUGUGUGUAUAUA